AUGGAUCCCCGCAAGCCUCUGGUCGGUGACCAUGGACAACCGUCGACGCCCUCGCCGCCGCCUGAGAGGCGGCGCUACUCUAUGGAGGAGGACAUGUACUACAACCACGUCAUGGCCGCUCCCCCUCGCCGUCUUUCGCAACCGCCGGCUUACGAACCGAGUCCCAACGGCUCCGACGAGGGCGAGGGCGAGGGCGAGCAUCAGAUGCUGGGUCGGCGGCGGCCAGCAAGGCAAACCCCAGGCUUCGAGCAGUCCCGACAUGUUCACGGCGCAGACGGCCACGAGCCGCUCCCAAACUACCAGAGCUCGGUCUACCUUGAGGGCGUCUUUUCCAAGAAGCACGAAAUCGAAAACACCACCAAGCGAGCCGAGGAUCGACACUGGCAUACCGUCUUUGUAACCCUCAACGGCACCGCCCUCGACGUCUACACCGUGAAGAAGGACUGGGGAUGGGGCAGAAGCCGAGACGGGCCGACGAUAUGUCCCGACAAUCCCCCAUGGGUGAAGAGAUCCAAGCUCGAAAAAAGCUACAGCUUGCUGCACGCAGAUGCUGGCAUUGCGGCCGACUAUACCAAACGGCGAUAUGUCAUUCGCAUCCGAGCCGAAACCGACCAGUUCCUGCUGUCUUGCAUCGAGUUGACCACCUUUGUCAAGUGGCUGGAAUGUCUCUUCGCCGCCAUUGACGUCGCCGCCCCCAUUGAGGACCGCGACUUCCCCCGGGACAUGUCCAUUCCUCGCAUUCAAAGGAUCCGGUGGCUGCAGGGCCAGUCCCCCGCCCUCCCCGGCUUCGCGUGCUCCGCCGAGCAGUCCCGGAAUGAGGAGACAUCGGCAGCGACACGGGAGGAUGAAGGCGGCGCCGCAGCAGCAUCAGCGGCAUCAGCGGCAGCACCGCCUGCUCCUCUGCCAGCAACUCGGCAACCCCUGCACGAAACGGCAGCCCAUCCGCCGCCGAGGAUAGAGGCCGUCAACCGCCGCCUGAGCACGUCGUCGUAUCCAAACGUGUCGGUUGACCCGCACACGGGCAAGUGGUUCCCCGAGCACCGGUGGUCCAGCGCCCACGACCUGCUCUACGCCAAGCUGUGCUACAGCAAUCUCUUGUUCCGGAGCCCCCGAAAGUCCAACUACAUCAUCAGCAAGGGCAAGCAGUGGUUCGUGGACUGGGGGACGGGGAAAAUGGUCCGAGUCCUGCCUCCGACCUACGGCGAGAGUGACUUUUUCGGACCCUGGCAAGUCAUUCACACGGAAAACCCGAGGAUCUAG